AUGGGGGUGUUUCUUUUGCCAAAAGGAUUGAUCAAGGAAAUUGAAACACUUAUGAAUUCCUAUUGGUGGAAAGGGGGAGGAGGUGAGAACAAAGGUAUCAAUUGGAAAUCUUGGGAACAUCUCUGCAGACCGAAGAAAUGGGGCGGUAUGGGAUUCAGGAACCUUCACGAUUUCAACCUCUCUCUUCUUUGUAAGCAGGCAUGGAGGCUCUCGCAGAACCCAGACUCCCUAGCUUCCAAAAUCUACAAAGCAAGGUAUUAUCCGGACUCCUCAUUUCUUGCAGCAAAAGUUGGUGCUAAUCCAUCUUUUAUUUGGAGAAGUUUGUUGGCAACCCAGGACAUCAUCCGCAGACACACGAGAUGGAGGAUUGGGAAUGGAAAUCAAGUAUAUAUAUGGGGUGAUAGAUGGUUACCUGACAAGUCAAAUGCAUAUGUGAGAUCCUAUCCUUUCCCUCUCAUGGAGAACUCAAAGGUAGCUGAUUUAAUUGACCCUUCAAAUUUAAAUUGGGAUGAAACUGCCAUCAGAAAUAUUUUCAGCCACAGGGAUGCUGAUCUUAUACAAGGAUCCCUCUUCCUAAACUUCAAGUUCAAGACAAAAUUAUUUGGGGACCGGAAGACGAUGGGAAAUUCUCUGUUAAGAGUUGUUAUAUGGCCAUUAGAGGUGAGCUGCGCGAGGAGGACAUCCAACAUUGGAGCAAUUUAUGGCAGAGCAGAAUUCCCCCUAAGUAAUGGCAAAGAAUCCAUCUUUCACCUAUUUGUUGAGUGCGAGUAUGCGAAAGCCUGCUGGAACCAUCUAGGCUACCAAACUUCAGCCAAUUCAGUAGACAAUUUUCAGGAUUGGUUGGGCCUUAUGACAGCAACUCUCUCAGCUACGAUUGACGGACAGCAAACGGCAAAGAGAAACACCAUUGAUGCUACAUGGACUAAACCUCAACAAGGCUUCCUUAAGUUGAAUGUGGAUGUAGCCAUUGACAAGCAAGGUGCCAGAAUGGGUUUUGGUUGCGUCGUAAGAGAUGAUCUUGGCCAUUUUGUUGCAGCUAGAGGGUCUCAUUGGAGGGGCUAUUACAGUUCUAAGGAAGUCGAGGCUGUAGCUAUUCGGGAAUCCCUUUCUUGGCUCAAAACUCUUAACAUUGACAAGGUUAUUAUUGAGACCGACUCUCUCCAAGUUACACAAGGUCUCAAUUCAAAUUUGGGAGACUCUUCCUUUCAUGUAGUGUUGUCAGAAAUUAAAAACUUAAUGAGUAUGUUUACUCAGUCUAGUUUAGUCUAG